AUGGACAGUAAGCCCCAGCCACGGGCGCAGGAGAACGCAGCCGUUGGAAGUGCAGGGCGCGGCCAACAAGCCUUCUCCGUGGGCUUCGCGGCGGCGGCGGAUGGCCUUGGGCACGACGCACGGCCGCCCUUGGCCGCUUCGACGGCAGGCGAUGGCUGGGAGCGACCAGCCAGCGGCGAUUGGUGGACCCCAUUUCCGUGGGCCAUUGGCUUCGAUUCCUUGCCGUCGGCGAUGAAUCCGCGUUGCUGGGGCUUCCCUGUGCCGGCGGUCGCCUCUCAACGCGCCCGCCGCGCACCUCACACCCACCGCAGCGCCACAGCGGGCCUGGAUGGACGCAGGCCCAACGCGCUCCCAAGGGUCUCUACGCACCCGAGGGUCUCUGCGCACCCAGAGGGCCCGCGUCCCACAUACAUGUUUUGA